AGUUUCGAGUGUCAAAUGUUGGAUCUCGAAUCGAGCAAUUCUCCGCCGACAUCCGGUUCUAGCCAGGAAGAAUCUGCUUCAACGACGGUAAUUCAUCCGUUACCGUCGUUGAUGUCACUGAACGUGCUGCCGCCUCCGUUGCGAAGGCCGGACGUCCCUACUGUGAUAUCCGGAAGCGGAUCACCUUCCCAACAACUGCACAUUUUAGUCAUCUCACAGCCUCAUGCUUCGAUGUCUUCGUCUGCUUCACAGCGAACUGCUCUCCAAGCUGUUCAUUUGUGUCCAGGUAUGAAGCGUAACUCGGACGGUGAGACAGGGCCGGCGCCCAAACGCCUCCGCCCCAUGGGCGACACGGAGCUUCGUCUUCUCGUUUACAGCAAGGUUGCUGGAUCCAUCAUCGGCAAAGGCGGUAGCAACAUCUCCAAGUUGCGCACCGAGAACCACGCCACUAUAUUACUUCCCGAUUGCCCAGGUCCAGAAAGGAUCCUCACCAUCCAGGGCAAUCUGGACGCUGUCAUCAAUGUUCUUCAGAACGUUCUGCCAUCGCUCGAAGAGGUUUCCAAGAUUCGAGGAGAAAGGACUGGCCGUGUCGGCGACUCUGAUGCCCGUCUACUGGUACACCAGAGCCAGAUUGGCUGCAUUAUCGGCCGCGGCGGAGCCAAAGUCAAGGAACUGCGCGAGUCGACUGGAACAAGGAUCACGGUCUAUUCCGUUUGCUGUCCGAGAAGCACAGAUCGCAUUGUUCAAAUUCUGGGCAAGCCGAGCGAUUGCGGCGAGUGCAUCAAGCAGAUCAUCGCGCUCGUCAAAGAGUCGCAAGUGAAGGGCCCAAUCGAUCAGUACAACCCGUACAAUUAUGACGAGUCGUUCGCUCAGGAAUACGGUGGUUACGGCGAAGGUGGUGUCCUCGUUGGCAUGGGGGCUGGUGGUGGCGGUGGCAUGCGCGGCAAUCCGGGCGGCCCACGAGGACCCGAAAGGGAACUGAAGAUCCCGACUUUGGUUCGAGACGUGCCGCGACCUCUGUCGCCGCCCAGGCAUCGUUACAGGGCCGGCAGUUACGAACGUGACUUGCCGCCGCCGUCGUUGAUGGGUGUCGGCCAGCCCGUCCGUGGUGGUCCCGGCGGUCCCGGCGGGAUGUACCACGACGAAAGGAUUUUCCGUGAAGACGAUCGCGGCCAUACCGAGACUACACAAGUUUCCAUUCCGAAAGACUUGGCCGGUGCAAUUAUCGGCAAGGGCGGCGCUCGGAUCCGUAAGAUCCGUGGCGACUCUGGCGCUAGCAUCACCAUCGACGAGCCCCGUCCGGGUUCCACUGAACGGAUCAUCACCAUUUCCGGCUCGUCGCAUCAGAUAUGGAAGGCGCAGUAUCUGCUGCAGCAGAGUGUUCGCGAGAAUAGCCAAGGCAAAGGAAGCUUUUGAAAAAUAACAAAUAAACGAAACAAUAUGACUGGGAAAAAACAAAA